CCAACCUGGUAUCCAAGUCACUGUGUCAGCCAGGGCCGCCCGAUUUCUCCCGCAGGGAAUGAUGCUCCCGCCAGCUUCGGGCCACCACGGUUUUUAACCCUUUAACAAGUAGCUCUUGUUACUCGGUGACUUUUAUUGCCACCGAAGUCGAACGGAGGGGAGGCAGCAUCUGCUUGGUGCAGGUUUUCCAACGCUGGUGUGGAGAAGAAAAAUCCCAACUUUUUCUGCAGUUGUCUUAGGGCUUUGUGGCUCAGUGCUCCUAGUGUGCUGGAUGUCACAGUUUAAAUCCUCCUUUUAUACCUGGGAUGCUGUUUGUACCUCUUUUUAUACCUGACCUGGAGUGUCCAAGUGAGUGAUUUUCUGCAGCAGCAAAAGAAGUGAUUGUCACUAUAAAUUAAAUCUUCUGGUAGCUUUAUACUUUACGGUUGCAACUCUGAUUCAACAAAGGAACUCCCUUUAUUUUUACAGAAGAGCCGUAUAGGUUUCAAAGUGCCCUGACUCUUUUUUUUUGGCUUUUCGUUCCCUGUUAAGUGCAGGCAGUGUCAGUGACAGGUGAUGCUGCAACCUUCAACUUCUUUCUCUCAGUUUCUGAUUUUUAAACAACUGAAAAAUUCUUUGUGCCUUUGAAAAGCCAAAAGCUGAGCAACAAGCUGCCUUGACUCUCUCACGUGAAUAUGCUGUCUUUAAAAUUGAAGUGUCUAGGGUUACACCUGGAAAGAUCGAGGCACAGUCCCACUGUCUUUGCCCCUCUGGUAUUUGCCUGACAGAGUUUGUCAUCCUCCUAUUUUGCAUUUGCUGGCACAUUGGCUUGGAAACCUGAGGCCUUGCCGCUCAGUCCUUGCAUGUCUGGAGGUCCCUGAGGUUUGGCUUGUCCUUCUAAAUAUACUUAAGCCACAGCAGUUGUUUAUGAUUUUACAUUCAGAGCUGUAGCUGAGUAACCAGAGGCAUAACCCCAGCUAUAAUCAUAAAGUGGAUAAAUGCCCCUGAAUGUCAUGCUAAGAAAACAAGGAUUCAACUGAAACUUUGGGGGUUUUCUCUUCUUUUCCCUCCCCUUCUUUUUGUUUUGUCUUCUUGAUAGAAUGGAGCAGCUUUUUCCAAAGUCAGAGGAAGCCAGUCAGGCCAAGACAGCACUAGAUGGCACGUGGUUAGGAAGUUCCUAGGAUUAAUAUCCAGUCACAAUAUUCCAGUGUAUUUGAUCGAUCCUUUGAUUCUGGGACUGGUUAAUAAAGACAUUGAGCAGAUCAGAAGCUCUCCUGAUGGCCCCAGCCCAGAAUGCAAAUACUUCUGUGCUCCAAGAGACUUCACUACCUUUGCACUGCUGGACAAAACAUGGAAACAUGAAGUGGGUCUUUUUAGAACUGCUGAGAAGAUGGGAUUCCAGUGGCUAAAGAUUAUAAAUAAGGAUCCCCGCUUGGAUGGGAUGGAUGAUCUGUCUGGGAUGGAAAUUCCCUUGCACUACAUAUUCAAACUGGCAUCCCAUGCCAUUCACCUGGUGGUCUUCUACGAGAGGAGUGGCAAUUUUCUCUGGCACGGGCCCCUGAGAUUGAAGCAACACAUGGACAGAAAGUUUGUGCCUUUCCGGAAACUCCACUUCGGUCGCUACCCUGGGGCGUAUGAAAAGCCAGAACUUCUGCUUGUUUCCAUUGAUGACUUAAAAGUUCAAAUUCCAAAAAAUCCGUCCAGUUUUCUAGAAGAGAUGUCCCACUCUAGAUUUCUUGAAUGUAGGUACAGAGAAGCUCGGGCUUUCUUUCAGCUGUAUCCUGAUGAUGCCUCUCUUGAUGCAGUGGAAUUCAGGAAAAAGGCAAAAUCCUUGCUUCAUCUGGCUGCUCUGACACUGAAUAACUUGGGAGUGAAGUUCUGGCUGAGCAGUGGAACAUGCCUUGGCUGGUAUAGGCAAUGCAAUGUCAUUCCUUACAGCAAAGAUGUGGAUUUGGGAAUCUUUAUAAGGGACUACAAAGCAGAUAUCAUUCCAGCCUUUCAGAAAGCAGGGUUGCCACUGAAGCACAAAUUUGGCAAGGUGGAAGACAGCUUGGAACUCUCUUUUCAGGGAGAAGAUGAUGUGAAGCUUGAUAUUUUUUUCUUCUAUGAAGAGGAUGACCACAUAUGGAAUGGAGGAACUCAGGCCAAAUCGGGCAAGAAAUUUAAGUAUCUCUUUCCCAAGUUUACUCUGUGCUGGGCUGAAUUUGUGGAACUCAAGGUCCACGUGCCCUGUGAAACUCUGCAGUAUGUGGAGGCCAACUACGGCCCGGAGUGGAAGGUGCCUGUGAAGACGUGGGACUGGAAGAGCUCACCCUUCAAUGUACAGGACAAUGGAGUCUGGCCCAUUGAUGAGUGGGACAAUGUCAUCCAAAUCUACUGACCCCUGGUGUGUGACAGAGCCUGUCCCCAGAACUGUCACUUUGUGAUUUCCCAGUGCCCCAAGGCACUGACAUCCAUUCCCCUUGUAACACCCCAUGUGUUUCCUAAGGAGACGUUUCCUUCCCUUUGCUUAACAGGUAUUUUCUUCACCUUCAUCGUGUUUUUUCCAAGUGGUUAAAGGAGAAGAUGAAAAGCAACUGGAGGGAAGGGAAGCUGAAAGAAAAGCUGCACAAAGGGAGUAGAGAGGACUGCAGUGGACUUAUGGGCAGUUGACUCUUUAAAUGUAAAGAGUGGCCAGGUGGCUUCAACAUUUCUGGGAUCACCAAGAUUUUCACUGUUCAAUUCUCAAGCUUGAAAGAAGGUUAGGAUAGGAAAAUCUCAGAGAAGUUCCUCAUUUUUCAAAGGAGGUUGAGUGACUGUUUAAAUUCAAGGCAGCAGAGUUAUGAGUACCUCAAAUAUGCUUGAUUUGAGAGUGGUACAUCCCUACUAUGAGCAAUGGGUUGGUCUUGGGAGUGGAGUGUUUCUGUGGCACAGAACCCGUGUGACCACCUGCUUUUCAUCUAGGAGGUAGCUGGUGAUGGUGUAACACUAAGUGAAUGGAAGGAGAAACUAUUACAUUGGACAUUUUUCAAUUUUUUCUUCUUUAAGAAUGUGAAGGUGCAUGCUUCUGGGAUAGCUUCACCAUGAAAAGAAAUAAAAUUCCAGUUUUAGUGUCCCAGUCCUUGUGUUCUCCCUGUGAAAGGUUUGACUGCUUUUUAGGAGAUUGCAGCUAUCCCUGCUUUCCUGCAAGUAGAUAGAAAUGGGGGUUAUUCAUAGUUUUCUGUUUCACAGAACAGAGGCUUCUCUCUGAGGGGAAGGAGAAAUGUGUACAAAUACCAACUGUUCCAACAAAUUUGCAGCAGCAAUCCUGCCAGUGCUUUCAGUUUCAGUUUCUCCUGCCACUGAAACACCGGAGUAAAUGAUUCAGCUUCUUGCAACAACUUCUCAGGCUGGCUCUUGAAUUGGAUGGUAAUUUGUUUGCUCUGCCUUGUUAAGAAGAGAGAGAUGUAAAAUCUUGCUAACACCAUUCACUUGCUAAAGUAACCAUGACAUCAUAAGGGAUAAUUUCUCAGGUAGAAUUUUUUUUUUUUGUACUUCUUCCUUAAAAUGGAAAAAAAUACGUGAAUGUCCUUGUGGUUUUCAUGUUCAUUACUCUGUUAUCUUGGUGUAAUAACAUGCAGUAAGCCUGUGAGUUUUAUAGAUGUGAUAAAUGUUUAAGAGAGAAAGAAAAGAUGCUCUCGGAAAAUUAGAAUCUGUCAAAUUUUUGAUUUUGUAGAUGAAAAGACUAAUGAAAAAAAAUGCAUGUCCAUGAAAGGGAGGAUGUCUUGAAUAGUUGAUUAUACCUGUAAGGUAUUCUUCAGGUUAAAAUGUUUUCUCUUCAGAAGAUACAAGUGUGUAUUUAACACUGAUUAAAAGGAGAGUCUAAUUUGCAACUUGA